AUGUCCGGGGCGCACGGCUCCGGGGCGCCGUGGAGAGCACCCGAGCCGCGGCCCCGACCCCAGAAGCCGCGCGUUCCGCGGGAGCUGCUGGAAGGAGCAUCGGCCAUCGCUGGCUGCGCCCGACGGACGCUGUGGGCAGAUGGCCUCUACCUGCUGGAUGACUUGACCUUCCGCGGCCUGCAGCCGGACCAGCCCCUGACGGCCGACAUCGGCUCAGCCAUGGGUACGAAGGAUGCCGCGGAGCUCCUGAACUCUUUUUCUCCGGAGGAGCUGGUGGAGGUGGCGGAUCAGUUGUCACCAGGCGUCUUACAAACCUUAACAGGAAGGUGCCAACAGAGAGUUCUGGCUAUUCAGGCAGGGAACGGCUACGGAAAGCCCAACGGCAAGGUGACCUUUGGCGGGAAAGGUGGAAAAGGCAACGGCUUCAGCAAUGGGGCCAAUGGGGGUGCCAAAGCUGGUGGCAAGGGAGGCAAGACGAGAGAGAAGGGCUCCGUGCCGAUUCCAGAAGCGCUAGAGCACCCGGAAGAGCUUCCGGCAACAGCAGCGACUGGCGAACAGGUGGCUUUUCAGGUCAAUGCAGGCACACCGUGGCAGUUCGUCGGCGAGUCAACUUUUUUCAGGUGGGAGCUGCAAGACCGCAACUCCGUGGCUGAACAGGACAAAACGGAGGUUCGAGAGAUCCUCCAGGCCUAUGCUGAGGAGCAUGGAAUCCCUUUGAGGGGCCCGGAGGGCAUCAAGCUGGCUCUACGCCGCGGCCGACAUUGGGUGUCGUACGCUGGCGGAAUCUCCUCUGUGGAGGGCAGGUGA